AAAACUCUUCAGGCGAGUGAAGAUGAGCGCCGAUCGACGGACGUCUCCGCCGCUUGGAAAGACUUGUUUAUCGCUCGGCGCUCUGUCGCUCUAGACUUGGAAAGCGGUUGGAUAAGGCUGAGAAGAACAAUGAUUGGCUGCAGGACUUCCUAUAUCUUUUGCUGUCUGUUUUCUUUGGCGUUAAUACUUCCCACAUUCACAGAAGAACAUGUACAUCCCAACGUGCAAGAGGAUCACCACGCCGGCGGUCGCUUCGACAAGAAUGUGAUACAGGAUAAAGACCACAUUAUGGAGCAUUUAGAAGGAGUUGUAAAGAAGCCGGAGUCGGAGAUGUCCCCGCAGGAGCUGCAGCUUCAUUACUUCAAGAUGCACGAUUAUGAUGGCAACAGUUUAUUGGAUGGCCUGGAGCUGGCAACCGCGAUCUCCCAUGUCCACAAAUCGGGGAGCGCGGAGCAUGCGCAGGCAAUAGACGAGCAGGAAAUGAUCACCUUGGUAGAUGACGUUCUCAAAGAUGAUGAUUUGAAUAACGAUGGAUACAUUGACUAUGCAGAAUUUGCUAAAUCAUUAGAAUAAAGACUCGGGUUUAUUUUUUCUUCUGAAUGUGAACUUUUAGCAAUCUACGUGUUUUUCUAGUAUUGUGGUCUCCCGCUCUGUGCGAUCCUGUGGUCUGUAUUAUGUGUGUAGCUGCACAGCUGGGACAUUCUGUGGCUGUUUUUAAUGGUUUAAUUUAUACAAGAACAUGAUGUACUCUAACCAAAAAUACAGGUUUUUAAAGUUUC